AUGUCAAUAGAUAUAAAUUGGUCAUUACUUUCCGAAGACCUUUCGUCGACACCCAAUCCGAAUCCAAAUUCGAAUCCAGGUACUGGUAUUGGUAUUGGUAUCGGUUCAAAUCCGAGUGAACCAUCAGAUAUAUUAUCGACUUGUCUAAUUUCGAUAUUGAACGAACAAUUGAAAUCGACACCUAGACCAUCUUUCAUAGGACCCAUAUCGAUAACUUCAUUCUCAUUUGGAAAGGAAUCACCUGAUAUUGAGAUUAAAGAUAUAAGGGAUGUUUGGAGAGUCUUCGAUCAAGGUGAUGACGAAGCUGAUUUCUUAAUUCAAUCACAAUCACAACCACAACCACAAUCACAAUCCCAAACUCAACUUCAAUCACAAUCCCAAACUCAACUUGGAGAAGGAGCAAAUGAUAACAAUCAAAGGAUUCAAGAACGAGAUAGACUCAGACAUGACUACGAAGAAAAGAGAUUAAGUCAGAAAGGCGUCGAAAGUGAAUUGAAAGGAGAAGAGAAAUAUGAAAUCAUAAAUGCAUUUCCUCAUUCAUCUUCUUUAUCGGACGAUGACGACGACAAGAACAACGAACAAGAUGAUGGGGACGAUGAUGAUGGAGUGGAGCAAGAUGAUACGUCAGAAAUAGAUGAAGGAGAACAAGCAGAGAGUAAUGGUUUAGUCAAAGACACAACUUCUAGAAAGAAUGGAUAUGGUAAUUAUAACGAUCAUUCAAGACAUCCUUCGAUACAACCUCAACUCCAACUUCAACCUCAACCUCGUACGCCAAGUAAAAGAAAUGGAUUAGGCAAUUAUGAUGGAAAUGUCAAUAUAACUCAAGCGACUCCAAGAUCAACAUCAAAUCCAAAUCCGAUGUCAUCACCUCCCAUCUCAGGUACAGGAAGGUCAUUCAUACCAUUUCACCUUCCAUUCGAUCAUAUCACACCCAAUAAUUCUUUCACAGGUCAAGGUGUAGGUCUAUUCUCACCUGGUUUGAAUAAAAGAUCAACUUCAAUUGCAAGUUUCCCAUUACGUCCUCCAUCAAUCAUGUCUCAACGGAAUCAACAGAGUUUGUCCGUACCCGUCUCAAAUGGAAAUAUCAAUGUGAAGCGGAGCAAACCAAAACCUACAAAUCAUGUAAACCAGAGUCAGAAUCAAGUACAAACGAGAAAUCCAAGAAGACCAAGAACACAUACUAAUUUAACUAGAGAGAGGAAUCCGUCGUAUCAAGAAUUAGAUGAGAAUCAUUCAAAUCCACCUCCUAUAUCACCACCUACCCAUCCAAAAGAUUUAGGUCUACCAUCAAACUAUCACUAUCCUCCAAACCACAAUAAUCACAACAAAACUAAAUCGAAUUUGAAUAAUGCAUCAUCUUCUACUACAACGGAAAUACCAUCACUUCAAAUACAUUUUCAUUUAUCGCAUACAUCAGAUUUGAAUUUGGUUUUAUUGACUUCUUUACAAGUUAAUUACCCAUCAAAUUUAUUCAUGUCAUUGCCUCUAAAAUUAUCUAUAACAGGUUUCACUCUACAAGGUGAAAUCAUAUUAGCUUAUUCAGGUGAAAAAAAUAGAUUACAUAUAACUAUUCUUGAUGACGAUAAUCAAUCUCAAUCUCAAUCUCAGUCUCAAUCACAACAAUCUUCAAACGGUUCACACCAAAACCAAGGAACGGGGAUGGGAAUGGGGAUGGGAUAUAAUUCUAGAUCAAGUAAUGAAGAUAAGAAAUUACCUAUUGGACAAAGAUUAUUGCCUAAUUUACAAAUCGAAUCUGAAAUCGGCCAUUCAGAUGCUCACGUAUUGAGAAACGUAGGUAAAGUAGAAAGAUUCAUAGUGGACGUUAUAAGGAAAACCCUUGUGGAUGAAUUGGUAUUUCCCAAUUUUCAUACUAUAGCUUUAUAG